AUGGCGUCCAUCUCCGCCACAACCACAGCUUCUUCCUUCAUCCAUGCAUCUCUCCGUCCCAACUCCUCUCUAGGGGUUUCAUCCGCCCCAGUUCUAGGGCUGCCGUCGAUGGCGAAGAGAGGGAGAAUGGUGAAGUGCUCGGCGGAAGGAAACGGCAGCGGGUGGGAGAAGAAGGGGAUGAUGAGCGCUUCGCUGAUGGCGGCGGUGGCCGCAGCAGCUGCGUCGAGCCCAGCGGCGAUGGCUCUGGUGGACGAGAGGAUGAGCACUGAAGGAACUGGGCUGCCCUUUGGGCUGAGCAACAACCUCCUCGGGUGGAUCCUAUUGGGAGUCUUCGGGCUCAUCUGGACCCUCUACACCGUCUACACCUCCGGUCUAGACGAGGACGAAGAGUCCGGCUUGUCCCUCUAA